AGGCGCCGGCGAGCAGCGCCCAGCCAGUGGAUGAGGCUCUAGCGCAGAUGAAGCGGAUAGCUGACCUGGAAAAGGAGCUCAAGGUCCAAAGAGACGCUGAGGCGGAGGCCCGAAAGCUCCGGCAGGCGAGCAGAGACAUGCUCAACGUCUCUGAGCUCUCCGGUGAAUUGGCCUGCUGUGUGUGCAAGGAUUGGCUGGUGCACGCCGCCACGAUCCAGUGCUCCCACAGCUUCUGCUGGUCCUGCAUCGACCGCUGGCUCCAGACCCAGCAAUUCGUGUGCCCCGUGUGCCGAGACGAGGUGACUCGAGAGCCAGUGCGCACCCGAGCGGUGGAUACCAUCGUGCAGAAGACGGUGCAAAGGCUCCCAGCAGCCGAACAGGCAGAGUACGAGGAGAGAGUUCGAGCUGCCGAGGCAGAGGAUUCCCGGAGCCGAAAGAACCUCAAGGAGUUGGAGAAGCACAUCGACGACGCGGUGAAAAGCGGCAAGAGCUUCUUCCACAUCAACCAGGUCUGGGCCAAGAAGGACAAGGACACGUUCAAAAAGGGCGUGAACCAGUACACGGGGAAUGCGCGAGAGACCUACUGCCGAUUGACCGGCCUGACAGUACAGUGGGUGCACAGCGCAGACUCACGGCAGCUGAAUGUGGCCUUGCACAACCUGGGCCUCGGCAAGCAGGUGGAUCGACCGGAGGACGAGAUUCGGCAGAGGCUGCUCAUGUUUCUUCGGUACGGAUGAUGCGUGGACAUCUCUAAGAGACGGCCCAGAAGCUGUGGUCAACUCUGAGGUCCUACGCCAAAUGGACCCGAACAUCACCCGCCCUUCGUUUUGGGAAGGGCCUCAGAUCAGACCGCGUUGAACAAAGUGUUUUAGCUUCAGGGGAGCCUGGCUUGCAAAUAGUGCUU